AGGUUAGCGUCGCAAUGUUUAUUCAUAACAUAACAAUAUAUAAUCGGAAUCAAUUGGUGGCAAUUUGUUCUUCGCACAAGUCAACAAAUGACGCACAUAUCGUUAUUAAUUUGUAUUACAUUUAAUCAUGGAUAAAGGAAGGUUCUCCUUAUUACUCUUGGAUCCUCGCGAAAUUUAUUUCGAAGAUUUUAGUGCUGUACUUAUUACUACUGAUGUAACAAUUAAAACUUUUGAUUUUAAGAAGGUAGAAGGCAGAUUAAAGCUAUGUUCAAAAUCAUUGGUUUUUGAUCCGAAAGACAAUGUGAAGCCUUUGAUUAAAAUACCAUUUAAAGAAUGUUAUUUGAUUGAAGAAUGGAAAGGCAGCAAUAAGUUUAUUAAUAAUGAUAAUGUGAUUCGUAUUGAAACAAAACAAUACAUUGAGAUGUUAGAGAGAAAUAUUAUUGCACCAUACAAGUUUUGUGAUAAUGGAAAGUUUAUUAUCUCUCUUACAUAUGCCAAUAGUAUUUAUUGUUUAAGACAGAUUUGCCAAUUGAAGAGGGCUACAACUUUAAAUGCAAGUGAACAAGAUGAUAUGAUUGCAACCAUUGUACAUUCAAGACAUUCAAGAAUAAGUUUUGAUCCAUUGUGGUUGGAUCUAUAUGAAGAAGUUAUAUUGGAAACACAUGCAAAUAAGAUUACACCAUUGGUAAUUAAUCCAGGAAGAGUGGUAUUAUCAACUUCUAGACUCUAUUUUCAACCAUAUAAUAAUAUAGAAACAUAUCCCAUUAUUAAAAUCAAACUGUGCUGUAUUCAGCGCAUUUUCAAAAGGAGGUUUUUGUUGCAACACACAGGUUUAGAAAUGUAUUAUAUUUCCAGUGAUGAUAACAAAGAGAGGCAUAUCUAUUUAAAGUUGUUAAAUGAAGAAGAACGUGAUAAAUUGCACACGCAUUUAAUACAGCAUCCCGAACUUAAAUUGAACAACAGAGACCAAGAUGUGAUGACUUUGCAGUGGCAGAAUGGUGUCAUAAGUAAUUACGAGUAUCUGCAAUACAUAAAUAGUCUAGGAGAUAGGAGUAAGAAUGAUUUAACUCAAUAUCCGGUGUUUCCUUGGAUUAUUUUUGAUUAUAAAUCUCCGACAAUUGAUUUAUCUGAUGUUUCCAUUUAUCGAGAUCUAACGAAACCGAUUGGUGCCUUAAAUGAUGAUCGCUUACGCAGACUGAUGGAACGCUACGAAGAAAUGUCGGAGCCGAAGUUUAUUUACGGCUCGCAUUAUUCCACUCCUGGUUUUGUUUUAUUUUAUUUGGUUCGUCUGUACCCCCAAUACAUGUUGUGUUUGCAAAACGGACGAUUCGAUCAUCCAGAUCGUAUGUUUAAUUCGUGUGCUGAUUUAUGCAAGAACUCGUUAAAUGAUAUGUCCGAUUUUAAAGAAUUAAUACCGGAUUUUUAUGAUGUGGAACAAGGGGGCAGCUUUUUAGUAAAUAAUUUAGGUAUUAACUUUGGAUACAGACAUAAUGGCGUUAAAGUUAGUGACGUGGUCUUACCGCCGUGGGCGGAGAGCCCUAUGCAUUUUGUUCAGACCCUUAGAGAUGCUUUGGAAUCUGAUAUUGUUUCACAAAACUUACAUUGUUGGAUUGAUCUGAUAUUUGGUUACAAACAAAGGGGUGAAGAGGCUCUAAAAUCUAAAAAUUUAUAUUAUCAUUUGUGCUAUGAGGGCAGUGUAGAUCUGGAUUCAAUAACUGAUUUCACAGAAAGGCACACAUAUGAAGUGCAGAUUAUGGAAUUUGGCCAAAUACCUCGACAAGUAUUUAAAUUGCCGCAUCCAAAGAGAAAAGUAGGCUGCUCGCUAUUAAUUGAACCAACGCAAGUAAAUUCAGACUCUGUUGAAGAUAAAUGGAAAUGUUUAAGUUCGUUGACAUUGAAAACAACGUACUCCACGCACAAAGACAAAGUAAGUUGCGUUUUCUUUAGCGAAGAUUCGGAACGUAUAAUAUCCGUUGGUCAUGACUCCAAAUUGAAAGUAUUCUCUGUAGGACAAGAGAGACAAAUUAGAAGUGCUAGUAUUGGAAGCAUGCCUUUGAGUUGUUGCGUGAAAUUACCUUACAAUAAUAUUUUAGUUAUUGGUAGUUUUGGAAAUGAAAUUAUCUUAUAUGAUUUGGAUUUCGGGAGAGUAACUCAGACUGUAACUGCACACGAUGAUGCUAUUACAUGCGUUGCUUGGGGGACCAAAUCGAAUUUGUUAUGUUCUGGUAGCGGCGAUUGCACUGUUGGAGUUUGGCGAAGUGCUAACAGAGAAGGCAUUAAAAAAGUAAUUUAUCCUCCGCACCAUUUUGACCAUAAUUCGCACGUGACCUCCCUUUGUUUGGACAGAGACAAUAAAUAUUUAGCUGUCGGCACAGAGGAUGGGGAAAUCUACGUAUGGAAUAUGCAAGAUUAUAGAUUGGAAAAAAAGUAUUUGGCUCAUUCAAAAAAAGUUACAUCUAUUUCCUUCACAGAUGAUAGCUUGAAAAUAAUCUCCUGCAGUCUCGACAAAACAUUUCAAGUCUCGGAUAUGAACACCGGUAUGUCUAUGUAUAGGAAAAUAUUAGCAUCUCCGUUGCAUUGCUUAAAAUUGGACGAUUAUCUUUUACUGAUUGGCUCGGAAAGCGGAGAUUUGUACAUCUGGGAUAUAGUAGAAGUGAAAUUGUUAUUGCAAAUGCAUGCUCAUCAAGGUUCUAUAUUAUCCUUGGAUAUUGCAGCAGAUAGGAAAUAUCUUAUUACGUCAGGGGAGGAUCAGUUAAUUAAAACCUGGGUGCCUUUAUAACCAAUAGCUUACAUUUUUAUUUUACUGUU